AAAGUACAGAUCCGAACACUUUCAAAAAAGAGAUGCAUGGGAAUGUGAGAGGUGUGCAGAGCCUGAGGAAGGCAGCCAGGCACUGCUGGGCCAGAUUGGCAUCAGAGGGUGUGCACAGUAUAUUGCCCUCUCCCUGGCAGGGCCAAAGCAUUGGGGAAUGGCAUCAGGCCUGGGGUUGUCUCUCCCUGUCAGAUGUCCUUCACUUGGUGGAAGUGAAGUAUGAUGUGGUGACCCACCUGCUUUAUACAGAAAUGCUGCAGGAGCACUACACUCUGAGUAUCUGGGAGACCCUGCUGCCAUGGCAACAACAAGAGGAAAGGGAGGGGUUGGGGGAUUGUGCAGAUGAGGCUUUGGUUUCAGGAGACAUGCUUCGUUUGUCGGAGCUGCCAGGAGCAUUCAGGAUAUACAGGGCCUGCCUGAAAAGCUCUCCUGAGUCCAGGGAACAGUCAUGGUCUGCCGUGUCGCUCCUGUGUGAGUUACACACAUUUCGUCAACAAGAAAAGGACUCACUAACAGCCCUGGGCCAGAGGCUCGACAGGGAGAGCCUGAGACUGUUUUGUCUAUUCAUCAGUUUAGCAACUCUCAGAGCUCAGAGAGAAAAGAUGUCCUACAGCGCCCUGCUGGCAGCUCGGCAGUCCUGGGAGACAUGGCCACAUGUAGAGAGUCCCUGCAGAGCAGAGCAGGCGGCCCUAUGGCUACACAGUGAAGAGGAAGAGCAGAAGAAAGACUUUAUCUCAGUGUCACCACAGCAGCGGGCAGUGCUGCAGUUGCUGGUGCUGACUCAGGAGCAGGAGAGAGAGCACCUGGUCCAGUUGGCACACAGGGUUUCCAUGGAGGAUUUGCAAGACCCAGUUUGCACAGUGCCUUUAAAGGAGGAAAGUAACCCUGAAGCUGCUUUAAGAACUGGCUGUGUAAAAAGGCUGAGACAAAUCUAUACCGGCCUGCAGAGCACAAAUGACACUCAGACCCCCUUAAAGCAAACAAAAAAUCAGCCUCAUAUAAGCAGUCAAACAGCAGUUUGGUACAAACACCAGUUAGAGCAUUGUUCACUGCUCCUCUUGAUCCAUCUGAUGGAGCUGCAGGAGGUCCAAGCGACCACAUUACUGCCAGCACUGGAGGGCGAGAGUGCAGAGCGUCUCCAAGCUCUGCAAGAUGAAUAUAAAUCUGAACUUCAAGCACCGCUCUACACCAACUUUCUCCAACUGAUAUCAGGUGCCCCUCUUACUUCAAUACUCACUACUGAUCCAAACUCAAAAGAAAGUAGCAGCAAUGAGCAAAUUGCAGCUCAGUCCUGCAUCAGUGGACAGGUUGAUGCUCAAAACAGCAGCAAUGUGCCAGAUGAAGCCUCCAGCGUGGAUUCAGUCAGUGACCUACAGGUGGUGCAGGCCACAGAAUGUACUGACGAACAGGACAUCUGUACAGGUUGUGGAGCAGUCAUGGAGGAUCUGCCCUACUUGGAGAUCUUGAGUGUUUCCAAUGCAACGAGCAAUACUCAUCAGAGUCACGCCGCAGACGGGGGAGCCCAGGAAGAAGAUGUUUCCACCGCAACAAAGAGCCCCCAGAGUUAUGAGAAACAGGGCUCACUGAUUGCCUUUGCAUGGAGCCAACCAGCAGAGGAGGACACCGACUAUGAGGCAGCAGGGGCUGCAGGUGGAGAACAGGGCCAGGAAGUACGGUCAAGUGACACAAGCAGCACAGCUGAACACACACAGUGUGAGGAGACUUCUGCAGAGAGUGACAGAGAAGAGAAGAAACCCACUCAGCUCCACUCUGAAUCCACAGAUCAGUCUGCAGACCAGCAGGGCAGCACAGUAGAACAGUUGACCUUGGAGGAAAGAGCAAUCUCUUAUCGACCAGAGGAUGGAGAUUUUGAAUGUGACCCCCAAACAAAAGCUUUGGUAGAAGAGACCCUGCAGGCUUUAAACAUCUUUGAACCUCCUGAGGUUGAGCAGCAUGCUGGUGACUACUGCUCUGAACUGGAAAAUGACGAGACCCCAAAUGUGGACAGAGAAAUGCUUGAGGUGGAAAUGUGUGCCAAUGAGCCGUGGGACCUGAGAGGGCCUGAACCCUCUCAUGUGGAGUACCACGAAUAUAACUCACAAGUCACAGUUGACUGUAGCCCUGCAGGAGGCGAGGCAAUGAGGGAAUCCACAAUGACGGAGAGAGAGAGAGCAAGAGAGCCAGUGUCGGCGAUGGAGAGAGAAAGGACAAUGCGCAACCUGGUGGACAUGCAAAAAAAGGUGGAACAGAGGCAGCAAAGAGAUAAAGAGAGACAACUACUGAGGGUUCAGGAGCAUCUGUCCAUCAUCCAGAACAGAAAGGCAGAGGAAGACCUGCUUGGCUUGAAACACACCGACAGGCUAAGGCACCUCACACAAGAUCUCCCACAGGAGGAUAAGAAUCAGCAGAAAACGGUUGUCAGAGAGCGACUGGAGCAGCUGAGAAGAGAGCGCUCCUACGUCAUGCAGUCCAAACGAGACAGGAACACUGCAGGAUUUAAGGAACUUCUGGGUCCAGUAGCUCUUCACAGCAGAGAAACAAAUGAUGGAGCAGACUGAGGAACUACAGCUACUUGAAUUCAUGUGUAAUUAAACAAGGAGUUUUAGUUCAUGAUGUUGUCAACAAUGUCUAACAAAAGUAUGUUUUCUUUCAGUUUAUCAGAUCAAAUUCUGAUGUGUGCAAGUACAGUUCCUCAGAUUUUGUUGCAUUCUGCUAUUAACACAAAAUGAAAAAUGUGUUGUUCAUAUUAAAUAAGACAUGUCAAAUU